AUGCUGAGAUCCACCGGUUUCUUCCGUGGAAUUGACUGCCCGUUUUACACGGAUAGCUACAACGAGGAAAGCGGCAAAUAUGGGUGCAACAGACCAUACUGUCACUUCAGACACAGCAAACAUAGACGUGCGUCUUAUGGAUCAAAUUACACUAGAAAAUCAAAAGAACUUUACUCCAACCAAAAGGGUGACUUGCAUUUAUUUUGUAUUCCUAUAACUUCGCUAUGUUAGCUAGCUAUCCAAUGUUUAUUGAUGUCGCAGUGGCUGCAUAACGUUAGCUACAGUGUUUAACUAAAUGUGCAAGUAUUGAAGCUAAAGCUAAUGUGUUAACCAUUGUGAAAUAUAUAAAACAUGUUUCAGCCUUACUGAGGGGUUGAUAACGUCACAUCUUGUACAUUAAAUAAAUCCUCAAUCGGCUAUACUGUGUAAUUCGUUUUAGCUGCAUUACCAUUAGCUAGCUAGUAAAGUCAGAGUGAAGUAAGUGGUGUCCUGAUGUUAACCCUUUGAACUCUGAAUGGUUCUGCGUGUUGUCUGAAGUCAGGUUUGUUGACAAUGGCAUUUGAAACCUUAUUUCUAUGCAAGGUAAAGACAUAACAUAUUCAACUGAACUGUUAAGAGUACUGUAAAACUGUGCAUUAUACUUACCAUAGAAAAUUAUUGACAAUUUGCUAAUCCUAAUUGGUAUCUUAAUGGCUUUCUUCAGAGCAAGGUGGCUAUGACCCAUUCAACCCAGAGGUAGUAAGACCAGAGGCGCAACAGAAUGGGGAGCCUGCUGCUGCAACAGUGGACAUGGGUGCCCUCGAGCUUGAGUUGGUCAACCGUGCCAUCGAGGAGGUACGCAGUGAGGUGGAGCGGGAAAAGAAGAAGCUCUCACGAAUCGGAGACCAGGAAUAUGACCCUUCUGCCAGUUCUCCCAAAGUGUUGGCGAAACAGCCGAAACCACUCUCUCAAACUGGGGACAAAAAAUAUGACCCUACUGCCAGUUCCCCCAAAGUGGUGCCAAAACCACUCUCAGGAACUGGGGACCAGGAAUAUGACCCUACCACCAGUUCCCCCAAAGUGAUGGCUAACUGGCCAAAACUACCGGCCGUGGCAUCCCACUUGGCGUAUGACCCAGGCAGUUAUCAGAUGACUACAACAGCAGAUUACAACCCCACCCCUCGCUCCAGUAAGUACACCUUGGACUCUGACAGCAAGGACAACCAUGCAAGCUCCAUGGAAUAUGUGCCCACCUCAGUUACCAAAACAGCUUUGAAAAAGCCUGCUCCUCGAACACGAACUCCUCAUCUACCCUCUCCCCCUACUAGUCCUAAAUACUCCACUAAUGCGUCCUCCAAGAACAAGUACACAGUGGAUAAUUCUAAACCAUCCACAGACAUGGAAUAUGACCCUCUCUCCAACUAUUCAGCUAAAAUUGCUGGCAAGAAUAAGAAAGACCAGAGGACAGGUGCUUCUAAGGGAGAAGGGAAAAAAAGACCUCACCUGUCAGGGACAGGAAAGCCGUCAACUGAUGAGGAAUAUGUGCCAACAAUCAAGAAGCCUCGGCAGGUGAUACCAGACCCACUGAAGUACACUGCCAGUUUCUCUGAGUCUGAUGAGGAGAGCUCUGGGACAGAGUAUCGACCCACCUCUCUCAGCCGUCUGCAGAGGAGGAAGAGCAGCAGUGGGUUAGUGGAGGAGGCCUCUGGUCCAGGGAAAGGAGAGAGGACAGAAGGAGCUCUAGAUGGGCUGAAACAACAGAGGAGAAGGGAGGUUAAAGAGCAGGAGGACUCGGAGAAGCAGGAAGUAGCAAGGCAAAAAGACAGGCCAGAGACUGAAAAAGGGCCAUUUAAAACCAGCCACAUGAAGAGCAGCAAAGUAGAGAAGGUGCAUAAAUCUGAAAAGGAGUCCAGUAAAAAGAGUGGUGGUAGUAAAGAAAAAGGAGCAGGGGACGGUAAGAAAAUAAGUGAUUCAAGGAAAUCAAGCCACGAAACUGCAAAGAAGGACAGCAAGAAUCAGGGAAAGAAAGAAGAGGAGAAAAGCAAGAUAAAGGAUAAAUCCAUAGACAAAGGCAAGGAGGGACAGGAAGGAAAGAGAAGUGAUGGAAAGAGUAAGAUAUGGACAGACAAAGUAAAAGGGGAGUCAAGCAAGAGCGAGAGUGAGAGAGAAAAGGGGGGUGGGGAUAGUAAAAAACUGAAGAAUUCAGACAAGGAAAAGGACUCUUCUAAGUUUAAAGAACACAAGAAUGGUAAACAUUACAGCAGUGGAAGAGAAAAGGACUGCAAUAAAGUUAGCAAAGGGAGUUCUAACAGUUCUAACAGCAGUAAAGACAAGGUGAAGAAAACCAGCAGAAGCUCCUCGGAUGGCAAAACAGGAAAGGUAAAACAAAGAUCUCUGAGUCACGUAGAUCUGUUUGGGGAUGAGAGUGCAGAGGAGAAACCUGAGGAGGAUGACGAAGAGGAGACAAUUGUGAGGAAGUCAGCUGCUGCUUUCAAGAGGGGGCGUUUGAACAAGAGGAAUGCCACAGAGCUCACCCCCUCAUCCUCAGAGGAUGAUGACGUUGGUCCAGAUGAUGACAGAGGCUAUGAUGACAUGGAUGGUGGUGGAGUGGACUACUCCGGUCUGCAGGUGGACCUGGACUUUGACCUGGAUGAUGACCCAAUGGAGGAGUGCUUACGGAUCUUCAAUGAAUCCAAGGAUGUGAAGACAGAGGACAAGGGAAGGCAAGCCAAGGUACCCAUAGAUUGCCAUCUCCCUUCAUUGUAACUUGUUUUGUACAAUAUUUCCUUAGGUUAGCAUUCAUUGCAGUUUAUCCUGUUCAUACAGAUCAGUAAUAAUUGGUGUAAUUUAUUUUAGAAUGGGACUGAAUGUAAUGUGUUUGUCUCCAAUAUUCUAUUCGUAAAAUAUUGUGUGAAAUGUACAUUUUAUUCAGUUUUUCCUCUCCCUUCCCAGCCCUCGAAAGAUUCUGACGAUGAGGAUGCCACCACAGACAGCAAUCAAACUACUCUCUUUCCUGGGCAGAAGAAGAGGGUUUCACAUUUCUCUGCCAAAGGAAGUGUGAGUUUGUUCUCUGGUAUUUACCCACAUCUCUAUGGUAACCACGGUAGCAAAAAGCGUUUCAUUGAAUACAAACUGGAUUCUGUGUUUUCAGACUGAGGCAACGCCAAAGCCUCCACCGUACAGGAGACUGACUGCCCAGGAGAUCUGUUACCAGCGCAUGCAGAUUGCCCAGCAGCAGGCCGCCCAGCUUGCUGCAGCCGUGAAGACUGCCUCUACACCCAGACCCAGGCCAAGACCCAGCCCCAGCCCCUUCCCUGGGGAGAGGAAGAGAGUAGCCCACCGCCCCACCCCCUUACCAUCCUCCUCCAAGUCUGGUAAGAAUGCUUGGCCUUUCUAUCUUUCACCCUAUAUAUGGUCAUGUCAUCUAACGCAGGGUUUCCCAAACCUUUCUUUAUCUGACUGCAGGUCUUGCCGAGGCAAAGCUAGCAGGCAGCAGAGUGUUGUCGCCCACCAGGACCCUCCCAGGAGGUUUCUCUGUGAAGGCCCAAACAUCAGCCGGCAUCCUGUCAAAGACCACCACCACUAUUGCACAGAAGAGGGUAGCACACACUCCCACAAUGAAGGUAACACCAGGAAUUUAUAGUAUGUCACAACAUUAUCAUGAAAACAUGAUAUUUGUGUCCAUUUAGUUGACAUUAUUUUUUAUGUUCUUCUCAGAGCUCUGCAAUGAAGCGCCCAGUGAUUCCCACUGAGUUUGGGGCCAAAGUGCCCACCAACGUCCGCCAGCGAUACCUCAACAACUUUAUAGAUGAGUGUAUGAAGUUCUGCCCCUCUGAAGACUUGGCCUUCCAAAUGGUAUGUGAGACCACACAGGGUUGAACUGAUUUAUCAUCAAAUCUAUCCAUGUCUACAGUAAAGUAUGUGUCCUCAUAGCACUGCUAGUGGUAUCCCAUUUUAGGAAAGGGUGGAUGAGUUAUGUUUGUGAAAUAUUUGAUGUGAGUUUAAGUUGAAAACAGUCAACUGUGUCUCUAGGCCCUGGACGAAGAGAAGGUGGUGUAUGACCGGAGCAGCAGUAAGAACAUCUACCUCAACGUGGCAGUCAACACACUGAAGAAGCUACGCAGCAAGAGCAUCUCCCCCACCUCACCCGUUGCCAGUAUGUCACUGACACAUACAUUAUCUAUGUAGCAAUUACAAACAGAUGGUGUUUGGUGUAGUUGCAGCGCUUCUGUAAGUCGUUACCCUUUUGCACAGAUCUAGGAUAAAAUCUCCCUCCAAAAAUGCCAACCUUUACCAUUAGGUGAAAAAUAACCAAACUGACUUAGAUCAGAGUCUAAUCAGCCUGCUUGUCUUCUUUCAGGGAGCCCUGCAGCGCUGGGGAACAGGAAGGCCCAGUCCCAUGAGGAAGUGCUGGGGGGACGCCUUGCUGCCAAGACCAGCUUCACCAUCAACAGGACUGGAAAGCAACAGGAGGAGAAACUCAGUGGUGAGUAGCUGGUCCUCCUCUGGUUGGAGCUGGUAUUACUGGCAGAAUAUGUUUGAUUAGGCGGGAGCUUUGUAUUCUAGCUAUGUGUUGUCUGUCCGGCUGCAGGUGUCAGGCUAUACAGGAAGCUGAGGGACUAUCUGAUGACGGAGGAGCAGCUGCAGGAGCAUGGAUACCCCAGGCCACACCCUGAGCGCUCAGGUCGAGCCGUGGUCCACAACGUCCCAGAGAAGAAGAAUGUUGACCGUAAAUCUCUACAAAGCACCUACACACACCCUCCUCAGUCUGGUUGGAUCAAAUCCUCCCCUACCAGACUAACAGAUUCUUUGAUUUGUUCAAAGCGUUUGCCAAGGUGUGCUGUCGAUGUGGGGCCGAGUAUAGGAUCAACGCCAACGGCAACUGUGUUCGCAAGGAGGAGUGUAAUCAUCACUGGGGCCGUCUGCGUAGACAUAAAGGUAGGUCUGUCUGUAUGUCUGUACGUAAAUAGUGAGUUCCAAAAGUAUUUGGACACUAGCUAGGUUUCCAUCCAAUUUGCGACAGAUUUUCAUGUAAAUAUUCUAAAAUCUGCAUAAAACAAUAUAAGCAUUUUCCCACCAGAGAUGUUUCCAUCAAACAUACUUUUUGCGGAUAAAAGUCUGUGCGUGAGGACGUAGUGCACAUUAAAAUACGCUAUAUAUUUAUUUAAUUUGUACCUUUAUUUAACUAGGCAAGUCAGUUAAGAACAAAUUCUUAUUUACAAUGACGGCCUACACCGGCCAAACCCGGAUGACAUUGGGCCAAUAGUGCGCCGCCCUAUGGGACUCCCAAUCACGGCCGGUUGUGAUACAGCCUGGAAUCGAACCAGGGGAUCUGUAGUGACGCCUCAAGCACUGAGAUGCAGUGCCUUAGACCGCUGCGCCACUCGGGAGGCCAUAUAUACAGUGGGGGAAAAAGUAUUUAGUCAGCUACCAAUUGUGCAAGUUCUCCCACUUAAAAAGAUGAGAGGCCUGUAAUUUUCAUCAUAGGUACACGUCAACUAUGACAGACAAAUUGAGAAUUUUUUCCCCAGAAAAUCACAUUGUAGGAUUUUUUAGGAAUUUAUUUGCAAAUUAUGGUGGAAAAUAAGUAUUUGGUCACCUACAAACAAGCAAGAUUUCUGGCUCUCACAGACCUGUAACUUCUUCUUUAAGAGGCUCCUCUGUCCUCCACUCGUUACCUGUAUUAAUGGCACCUGUUUGAACUUGUUAUCAGUAUAAAAGACACCUGUCCACAACCUCAAACAGUCACACUCCAAACUCCACUAUGGCCAAGACCAAAGAGCUGUCAAAGGACACCAGAAACAAAAUUGUAGACCUGCACCAGGCUGGGAAGACUGAAUCUGCAAUAGGUAAGCAGCUUGGUUUGAAGAAAUCAACUGUGGGAGCAAUUAUUAGGAAAUGGAAGACAUAAAAGACCACUGAUAAUCUCCCUCGAUCUGGGGCUCCACGCAAGAUCUCACCCCGUGGGGUCAAAAUGAUCACAAGAACGGUGAGCAAAAAUCCCAGAACCACACGGGGGGACCUAGUGAAUGACCUGCAGAGAGCUGGGACCAAAGUAACAAAGCCUACCAUCAGUAACACACUACGCCGCCAGGGACUCAAAUCCUGCAGUGCCAGACGUGUCCCCCUGCUUAAGCCAGUACAUGUCCAGGCCCGUCUGAAGUUUGCUAGAGUGCAUUUGGAUGAUCCAGAAGAGGAUUGGGAGAAAAUGUCAUAUGGUCAGAUGAAACCAAAAUAUAACUUUUUGGUAAAAACUCAACUCGUCGUGUUUGGAGGACAAAAAAUGCUGAGUUGCAUCCAAAGAACACCAUACCUACUGUGAAGCAUGGGGGUGGAAACAUCAUGCUUUGGGGCUGUUUUUCUGCAAAGGGACCAGGACGACUGAUCCGUAUAAAGGAAAGAAUGAAUGGGGCCAUGUAUCGUGAGAUUUUGAGUGAAAACCUCCUUCCAUCAGCAAGGGCAUUGAAGAUGAAACGUGGCUGGGUCUUUCAGCAUGACAAUGAUCCCAAACACACCGCCCGGGCAACGAAGGAGUGGCUUCGUAAGAAGCAUUUUAAGGUCCUGGAGUGGCCUAGCCAGUCUCCAGAUCUCAACCCCAUAGAAAAUCUUUGGAGGGAGUUGAAAGUCCGUGUUGCCCAGCGACAGCCCCAAAACAUCACUGCUCUAGAGGAGAUCUGCAUGGAGGAAUGGGCCAAAAUACCAGCAACAGUGUGUGAAAACCUUGUGAAGACUUACAGAAAACGUUUGACCUGUGUCAUUGCCAACAAAGGGUAUAUAACAAAGUAUUGAGAAACUUUUGUUAUUGACCAAAUACUUAUUUUCCACCAUAAUUUGCAAAUAAAUAUAUUAAAAAUCCUACAAUGUGAUUUUCUGGAUUUUUUUCCCUCAUUUUGUCUGUCAUAGUUGACGUGUACCUAUGAUGAAAAUUACAGGCCCCUCUCAUCUUUUUAAGUGGGAGAACUUGCACAAUUGGUGGCUGACUAAAUACUUUUUUCCCCCACUGUACAAAUGAACAGUUGAAGUCGGAAGUUUACAUACACCUUAGCCAAAUACAUUUAAACUCAGUUUUUCACAAUUGCUGACAUUUAAUCCUAGUAAAAAUUCCCUCUCUUAGGUCAGUUAGGAUCACCACUUUAUUUUAAGAAUGUGAAAUGUCAGAAUAAUAGUAGAGAUAAUGAUUUAUUUCAGCUUUUAUUUCUUUCAUCACAUUCCCAGUGGGUCAGAAGUUUACAUACACUCAAUUAGUAUUUGGUAGCAUUACCUUUAAAUUGUUUAACUUGAGUCAAACGUUUCGGGUAGCCUUCCACAAGCUUCCCACAAUAAGUUGGGUGAAUUUUGGCCCAUUCCUCCUGACAGAGCUGGUGUAACUGAGUCAGGUAUGUAGGCCUCCUUGCUCGCACACGCUUUUUCAGUUCUGCCCACACAUUUUCUAUAGGAUUGAGGUCAGGGCUUUGUGAUGGCCACUCCAAUACCUUUACUUUGUUGUCCUUAAGCCAUUUUGCCACAACUUUGGAAGUAUGCUUGGGGUCAUUGUCCAUUUGGAAGACCCAUUUGCGACCAAGCUUUAACUUCCUGACUGAUGUCUUGAGAUGUUGCUUCAAUAUAUCCAUCUAAUUUUCCUUCCUCAUGAUGCUAUCUAUUUUGUGAAGUGCACCAGUCCCUCCUGCAGCAAAGCACCCCCACAGCAUGAUGCUGCCACCCCUGUGCUUCACGGUUGGGAUGGUGUUCUUCGGCUUGCAAGCCAUCCCCUUUUUCCUCCAAACAACGAUGGUCAUUAUGGCCAAACAGUUCUAUUUUUGUUUCAUCAGACCAGAGGACAUUUCUCCUAAAAGUACGAUCUUUGUCCCCAUGUGCAGUUGCAAACUGUAGUCUGGCUUUUUUAUGGCGGUUUUGGAGCAGUGGCUUCUUCCUUGCUGAGCGGCCUUUCAGGUUAUGUCGAUAUAGGACUCGUUUUACUGUGGGUAUAGAUACUUUUGUACCUGUUUCCUCCAGCAUCUUCACUAGGUCCUUUGCUGUUUUUCUGGGAUUGAUUUGCACUUUUCGCACCAAAGUACGUUCAUCUCUAGGAGACAGAACGCGUCUCCUUCCUGAGCGGUAUGACGGCUGCGUGGUCCCAUGGUGUUUAUACUUGCGUACUAUUGUUUGUACAGAUGAACGUGGUACCUUCAGGCGUUUGGAAAUUGCUCCCAAGGAUGAACCAGACUUGUGGAGGUCUACAAUUUGUUUUUCUGAGGUCUUGGCUGAUUUCUUUUGAUUUUCCCAUGAUGUAAAGCAAAGAGGCACUGAGUUUGAAGGUAGGCCUUGAAAUACAUCCACAGGUACACCUUCAAUUGACUCAAAUGAUGUCAAUUAGCCCAUCAGAAGCUUCUAAAGCCAUGACAUAAUUUUCUGGAAUUUUCCAAGCUGUUUAAAGGCACAGUCAAUUUAGUGUAUGUAAACUUCUGACCCACUGGAAUUGUGAUACAGUGAAAUAAUCUGUCUGUAAACAAUUGUUAGAAAAAUUACGUGUCAUGCACAAAGUAGAUGUCCUAACCGACUUGCCAAAACUAUAGUUUGUAAACAAGAAAUGUGUGGAGUGGUUGAAAAACAAGUUUUAAUGACUCCAACCUAAGUCUAUGUAAACUUCUGACUAUUUCAGCCACACCCGUUGCUGACAGGUGUAUAAAAUCGAGCACACAGCCAUGCAAUCUCCAUAGACAAACUUUGGCAGUAGAAUGGCCUUACUGAAGAGCUUAGUGACGUUUAGUGUGUCACCGUCAUAGGAUGCCACCUUUCCAACAAGUCAGUUGGUGAAAUUUCUGCCCUGCUAGAGCUGCUGUAAGUGCUGUUAUUGUGAAGUGGAAACGUCUGGGAGCAACAACGGCUCAGCCGCGAAGUGGUAGGCCACACACGCUCAUAGAACGGGACGCCGAGUGCUGAAGCGCGUAGCGCGUAAAAAUCCUCUGUCCUCAGUUGCAACACUCACUACCGAGUUCCAAACUGCCUCUGGGAGCAACGUCAGCACAAGAACUGUUCGUCGGGAGCUUCAUUAAAUGGGUGUCCAUGGCCGAGCAGCCGCACACAAGCCUAAGAUCACCAUGCGCAAUGCCACCAUUGGACUCUGGAGUGAUGAAUCAAGCUUCACCAUCUGUCGGUCCGACUGACGAAUCUGUGUUUGGCGGAUGCCAGGAGAAUGCUACCUGCCCCAAUACGUAGUGCCAACUGUAAAGUUUGGUGGAGAAGGAAUAAUGGUCUGGGGCUGUUUUUCAUGGUUCGGGCUAGGCCCCUUAGUUCCAGUGAAGAGAAAUCAUAAUGCUACAGCAUACAAUGACAUUCUAGAUGAUUCUGUACUUCCAACAUUGUGGCAACAGUUUGGGGAAGGCCCUUUCCUGUUUCAGCAUGACAAUGCCCACGUGCACAAAGCGAGGUCCAUACAGAAAUGGUUUGUCGAGAUUGGUGUGGAAGAACUUGACUGGCCUGCACAGAGCCAUGACCAUAACCCCAUCGAACACCUUUGGGAUGAAUAGGAACGCCGAAUGCGAGCCAGGCCUAAUCGCCCAACAUCAGUUCCCGAUCUCACUAAUGCUGUUGUGGCUGAAUAGAAGCAAGUCCCUGCAGCAAUGUUCCAGCAAGGCUGUUAUAGCAGCAAAGGGGGGACCAACUCCAUAUUAAUGCCCAUGAUUUUGGAAUGAGAUGUUCGACGAGCAGGUGUCCACAUACUUUUGGUAAUUUAGUGUAACUUUUGCCAUUCAAUUCCCAAGUACCAAAUGAAAAAUAAAGGUUAAUUGGGUAUCCGUCGUAUUUUCAACUCUACUGAUGGUUUUGUAAAAAAAACCUGUUGCAUUUAUAUAGCAAAUGUACCCACUCUGGUCCUGCCAACAGCUAGCAGAUACAGUGUGGGUAGGCUACCUACAUUAUGAGAUUAUUAUGGAUAAGAGUGAUAUUAUUUGUCAAUCGGCAGCCAAGCAUCGAUCAUCAUGUCACCAGAAUAAGACCCUUGAUAUUUAUUGGAAAGGAGCAUCAUGCUCAUCACCUUGCACAUUCACCACCCAGUGAAGUUCUUCAUAACUUAUUUCAUCUGUAGCCUAAUAAACGGCAUGCUUUCCCGAGUCGUCGUAGUGGGAGAACCACACAACAUAUCAUCGCGUGACUCCCAAGUUUACUUCGAUGUGAUUGAUGGUUAUUAUAUCAAUAUUUGCGCAUAAAGAUGUUUCCACCGCCAUGUCGCACAUAAUUAAUUUUACAGACCCCAAAAGAUCCCACAGGCAUUUAUACAAUGUUACCGACAUUUCAUGUUUCCAUCAGCACAGUCGUGACUUUUCAUGCGUCAGGUAAUUCAUCCGCAUGAAAUGGUGGGUGGAAAUGUGGUUAGUGACAAUUGUUUUUGUUUUGGCUCUGUACUUCAGCACUUUGAAAUUAUACAAUGACUGAGGUUAAAGUGCAGCUUUAAUUUGAUGGUAUUUUCAUCCAUAUCGGGUGAACCGUUUAGAAAAUACAGCACUUUUUUACAUAUUCCCCCCAUUUUAGGGGACCAAAAGUAUUGGGACAAAUUCAAAAUUAAAGUAGUCAAAAGUUUAGUGUUUGGUCCCAUAUACAUAGCACACAAUGAUUACAUCAAGCUUGUGACUACAAACUUGUUGGAUGCGUUUGCUGUUUGUUUUGGUUGUGUUUCAGAUUAUUUUGUACACAAUAGAAAUGAAUGGUAAAUAAUGUAUUGUGUCAUCUUGGAGUCACUUUUAUUGUAAAUGAGAAUAGAAAAUGUUUCUAAACACUUCUAGAUUCAUAUGGAUGCUAACAUGAUUACGGAUAGUCCUAAAUGAAUCGGGAAUAAUGAUGAGUGAGAAAGUUACAGAAGCACAAAUAUCAUACCCCCCCAAAAUGCUAACCUCCCCUGUUAUUGUAUUAUAUUCUUAUUUACAAUAAAAGUGACUCCAAAAUGAUACUACAUUAUUUACCAUUCAUUUCUAUUGGGCACAAAAUAAUCUAACACAACCAAAACAAACUUAAAUGGGGGGGAAACUAUGUACAAAAAGUGCUGUAAUUUCUAAACGGUUCACCCGAUAUGGAUGAAAAUACCCUCAAAUUAAAGCUGACAGUCUGCAGUUUAACCUCAUAGUCAUUGUAUCAUUUAAAAUCCAAUGUGCUGGAGUACAGAGCCAAACAUACAAAAUGGUGUCACUCUCCCAAAACUUUUGGAGUUUACUGUAUUUGUCUGUCUAUGUCUCCCUGUCUGUCUAUGAACUUUUGCAGUUAUUGAGUUUGUGCGUGUUGUAAUGGGAAUGUUAGGAUUUGAAUGUAGUGUCAUAUUUUGAAUUGGACUAGCAAGAGCUUCUGUGUGUUUGUGGUAACAGUGUCGGGAGGCUGGGAGACCAACUACAACUGCUGUUCAGGGUCUGUGGGCUCUCCUGGCUGCUCCGUGUCUAAGGUAACACACCUAACAGUUCUGCUGUGUGAUCAGUAAUGUCAGUACUGAGUUUGAACUGAGAAGCAUAUGGGAACACAAGGGGGCAGUGUUGUCCAAGGCACAUCGUGACUGCUACUGAUUGCGCUUGAUGACUUCCAUUCAAAGCAGAAUACUUUCUCUGUUUGUGUUACAUUUAAGUAUAAACUAAUACCUGCCAUUGAUUUUUCACCUUGCCUCCUAUUUGUCCACAGCAACACGUUCAGGACGGACGCAAAGAGUCAUUGGACAGCUACGUUCAGACCUUUGAGAAACAGCUGCCCCCGGACGGCAACGGUGGAGUCUAUGCUCUGGACUGUGAGAUGGUGAGCUGGCUGCUGCACUGCUUUUCUUUGGGCACAAUUAGCUGUAUGAGUGCUGAGAGUGGCUCUUAAUACUCUAUAUAAUGUGUUGUCUUUCUUGCUCUCUUUCUCCUCUGUAAUAGUGCUACACAAAGCAGGGUCUAGAGCUGACCAGGGUGACUGUUAUCAACUCUGAGCUGAAAGUCAUCUAUGACACAUUUGUCAAACCUGAAAGCAAAGUGGUUGACUACAACACACGGUAAGGGAUCGAGAAUUACUUUGUUCAGUCUUGAGUGUGGAGAAUGUGCGCACACACGCUAGGACAAAAUACAAGUUUUCAUGGUUUCCGCAGGUUUUCUGGUGUAACGGAGGAGGACCUGGAGAAUGCCACCAUCACCCUGAGAGACGUGCAGGCGGUGAUCCUCAACAUGUUCAGCGCUGAGUCCAUCCUCAUAGGACACAGCCUGGAGAGUGACCUCUUCGCCCUCAAGGUACACAUACACACGCCCCUAAUCUGAUUGCCCUCUGGUCAUUAUGUGUGUGCGCGUGUUUUACUAUACUAUUCGUGUGAGUACCAGAAGUCCUCACACAAAUAGAAAACCAACUCAGAGAAGUUAGACAUUUUGCCAGUCCUCACUUUUUUUUUAAAGGCUAUUUUAGUGGGGCCUCCCAAGUGGCACAGCAGUCUAAGGGGGUAAAAUACAAAAAAUAAUACAGCUAUUUUAGGCUUAGGGGUUAGGGAAAAUAGGAUUUUGAAUGGGAAUCAAUCCUCGCAAGUAUAGUACAACAUAGGUAGGUACAGUGAGGGGGGGAAAAGUAUUUGAUCCCCUGCUGAUUUUGUAUGUUUGUCCACUGACAAAGACAUGAUCAGUCUAUAAUUUUAAUGGUAGGUUUAUUUGAACAGUGAGAGACAGAAUAACAACAAAAAAAUCCAGAGAAACGCAUGUCAAAAUUUUUAUAAAUUGAUUUGCAUUUUAAUGAGGGAAAUAAGUAUUUGACCCCUCUGCAAAACAUGACUUAGUACUUGGUGGCAAAACCCUUGUUGGCAAUCACAGAAGUCAGACGUUUCUUGUAGUUGGCCACCAGGUUUGCACACAUCUCAGGAGGGAUUUUGUCCCACUCCUCUUUGCAGAUCUUCUCCAAGUCAUUAAGGUUUCGAGGCUGACGUUUGGCAACUCGAACCUUCAGCUCCCUCCACAGAUUUUCUAUGGGAUUAAGGUCUGGAGACUGGCUAGGCCACUCCAGGACCUUAAUGUGCUUCUUCUUGAGCCCCUCCUUUGUUGCCUUGGCCGUGUGUUUUGGGUCAUUGUCAUGCUGGAAUACCCAUCCACAACCCAUUUUCAAUACCUUGGCUGAGGGAAGGAGGUUCUCACCCAAGAUUUAACAGUACAUGGCCCCGUCCAUCGUCCCUUUGAUGCGGUGAAGUUGUCCUGUCCCCUUAGCAGAAAAAUACCCCCAAAGCCUAAUGUUUCCACCUCCAUGUUUGACGGUGGGGAUGGUGUUCUUGGGGUCAUAGGCAGCAAUCCUCCUCCUCCAAACACGGCGAGUUGAGUUGAUGCCAAAGAGCUCGAUUUUGGUCUCAUCUGACCACAACACUUUCACCCAGUUCUCCUCUGAAUCAUUCAGAUGUUCAUUGGCAAACUUCAGACAGGCCUGUAUAUGUGCUUUCUUGAGCAGGGGGACCUUGCGGGCGCUGCAGGAUUUCAGUCCUUCACGGCUUAGUGUGUUACCAAUUGUUUUCUUGGUGACUAUGGUCCCAGCUGCCUUGAGAUCAUUGACAAGAUCCUCCCGUGUAGUUCUGGGCUGAUUCCUCACCGUUCUCAUGAUCAUUGCAACUCCACGAGGUGAGAUCUUGCAUGGAGCCCCAGGCCGAGGAAGAUUGACAGUUCUUUUGUGUUUCUUCCAUUUGCGAAUAAUCGCACCAACUGUUGUCACCCUCUCACCAAGCUGCUUGGCGAUGGUGUUGUAGCCCAUUCCAGCCUUGUGUAGGUCUACAAUGUUGUCCCUGACAUCCUUGGAGAGGUCUUUGGUCUUGGCCAUGGUGGAGAGUUUGGAAUCUGAUUGAUUGAUUGCUUCUGUGGACAGGUGUCUUUUAUACAGGUAACAAGCUGAGAUUAGGAGCACUCCCUUUAAGUGUGCUCCUAAUCUCAGCUCGUUACCUGUAUAAAAGACACCUGGGAGCCAGAAAUCUUUCUGAUUGAGAGGGGGUCAAAUACUUAUUUCCCUCAUUUAAAAUGCAAAUCAAUUUAUAACAUUUUUUGCAUGCGUUUUUCUGGAUUUCUUUGUUGUUAUAGACUGAUCAUUUCUUUGUCAGUGGGCAAACGUACAAAAUCAGCAGGGGAUCAAAUACUUUGUUCCCUCACUGUAGGUAGGUAGUUAGGUGUGUGUGUGUAAAAGCCCUCUCACUUCUUUUCAUGUGGUCAUCGUAUCAACACAGCAGGGGACAAAUCUUGUUCCCCAUCGUAGGGGUUGUAGGUGGUGUAAACCCUCUCAGUAUCACCUCGAAGUCAUACACAGGCACGAGGUGGACACACCAUCGUUCCCCACGUGGCUUGCCUACAGCGGGCCUGAGGAACUCAUGGCAGAUACUCAAAGCAUAUAAGGAAGAGGUGAGAGAUAAAUACAUCACUGAUUUAUUGUUUAUGUAUAUAUAAUAUAUAGAUAUAAAUAUAGAUAAUAGUAUAUAUAUAUAAAUAUAUAAGUAAUAUAUAAUAUAUAGAAUGAUAUAAUAUAUAAUGAUAUAAUGUAAUAAUAUAUAUAAUAGUACUGAUAAUAAUAAUAUAUAUAUAUAUAUAAUUAUAGCAUAAUAUAUAUAUCAUCUAUAUUAUAAUAUCCUUAUAUAUCUAUUCAUACUCUUUUAUCAUUAAAUCUAUUAUAAUUAUCUCACUCUCUAUUAUACUUAUUAUAUAUAUUAUAGAUAUAUAUAUAUAUAUAUAAUAUAUAAUAUAUAUAUAUAUAUAAUAUAUAUAUAUAUAUAUAUAUAUAUAUAUAUAUAAUAUAUAUGUAUGUAACAUGUCACUAGUAGGCCAUUUCCCUCUCUGGUUUCAGUUGAAGGUCAUGACUCCAGUGAGGACGCCUGCGCCUGCAUGGAGCUCAUGAUAUGGAAGAUCCGAGAAGACGCCAAGGUAAAGAGAUGACUUCUGCUCUCCUCUAACCGGACCGCUGUAGAGAGACGGACAGUGAGGGGGAGAGAAGGGGGGCUGAGGGCCCUGGAGAGAACUGUCAGUCUGAGAGGCCAACUGCCCAGUACUUGAGUUCUACUGUGGUCGGACAGUGACAGAGAGCGAAAGGCUGAGAAUGGGCUCCUCUGAAGAGAUCUGCUGGGAUGGCCAAGUCACUAUGUUGCCUGGUCAGGUGGGCCAUAGUGAACAGGUGCUGCUGGAGUACAUUGUUGGAGUGCAGCAGAGCCAGAGCCCUCGAUAG